UGGCUUCAGAGUCCCUUUGCUGGCUACCUGGGCGCUCAGUCAGGGAGCUCCCCAGACAUUGGAGCAAGUGUGAAGCUGAAGAAGUUUCUGGAAGCUCAAACCUGCCUACUUUUCCAGAGAGCGUCUGUGGUCCCGUUGACCAGACCUCCUGAGUCCAUCGAGCAAGUCUUCCUCUGUGUGUCCGCUUAGCAGCAGACAGACUUCUCGGCCAUGUGUCCCCCAGUCAGCAUUCGCCAUGGGGCCAGGGGCAUGUCCUGCCUCUAUGGGGCGUGGCUGUACCAUCUUGUCCAUGGGGAACAGAUGAAGAUCUGCUUUGCUUGCUUCAAGGCAGCUUUCCUGUUGAAUAAACUCUACCUGGAGAUGGGAGACUGGCAAGAGGAAGAGGAGGAGGAGGAAGAGGAAGACGCUGAGCUCCUGGAAUACUUGUCAGAGUCGGAGUCAGAGUCAGAUUCUGAGCAGGAGCCAGAGCCUGAGCAGGAUGCGUGGCGGGGUUUGGGGCCCCUUUAUGUGCCACAGGGUGUCUCUGAAGGAUCUGGGGUCCUGCUGCCAACCCCCGCGUGGACACAGGAUGUACUAUUCUCCAUUUAUGUGCCUACUGAGCUCUUUCCUCAGGAAGCUGUGCCCCUGGAUCUGGGUCCUGAGGAUGCUGAGUGGACCCAGGCCCUUCCCUGGAGAUUUGAUGGGCUUUUUCCCUGCUCACACCAGCUCAUCCCUCCUCUGACAUGGUGGGAUAUUUUUGAUGUGAUGCCAUCUCCUGGGCAACCUGUGUUGUUGGAGUUGAGAUGCAACUGGCCCUUGGACCAGACAGACCUUCCCAACCUUCAGGGGUCCCUCUCCACCUAUGACACAGACAGGGGUGAAAGUGGGGCCCAGUGGCCCUAUACCCAGAAGAAUGCCCACCAGAAGGCCUUGUACCUCCCCUGGCUGAGAAUACUGAACCUGAGCCUGGCAAACCCCUCUGUGGCCACUACCUCGGCCAGGAUCUGGCGCCUAUCUCAGCCGAGGAGACCUCGCCAGGGCCCGCGUGGCCGGUUAUUAAUACCCAGACCGGCGCAUUCCCAGCUGGCAGUGGGACAGGUGGUGGUGGCAGCGCAGGAGGAGCGGGCGCGGAGUAGGACUCUAGGGAGGCCGGCGAUCCGCGACCACACCGUGUGCUCAGAGCCCAAGUAG